GCUCUGCUUAAUGGACUCCGCCGGCACCCAACAGCGGGCUGUGAGUGUCGGCUAGACAGGGAAUCUGCUCCGGCUUUUCGGUGGCGUGAACAUGAGGCUGGAGAGAGACGACGGGGAGGGAGAAGAGAGAGUGUGAGAUAAAUUAAAAACAACAAAAAAAAAGAAAAAAACUGAGUGACGGACCAGAAUGAGUGUAGAGUUCAGACUGGUGCGUUCAGGACCGCCUCAGAAGCAUCCCUCACGUGAAGCUGCACGGAGACGUGCGCGUGCUAGCUGGAGUCAAGAAAGAUGGCAUCAGGUGGGCAGGCAGCCACAGCAGGCUCAGUCAAAUCUCUAAUCACAACCUUCAUCCUUGCACUUGGUCUCACCGGGCAAGUGUCAAAGCAGCGAGGAGGCAGUAACAUUAUACUAACAGAAUCUUUAACAGUUCACACAGGGUCAUCUUUAUGUGAACUCUCAGAGCUUCGCUUGUUCCUGUGGGGAAGCACCAGUGUAUGUUGUUUUUGGAUGGACUGUCAGAGCUUUGGCAUCCAGAGUGGCGGUUGCUUCAGGUAGCAGGCCUGAUGCUUGACUGCAUUCAUUCCUCUUCUGAUGAAAAGGCUGUGAAAGAGACUACUGUUCACUUUCUCGUCCAGUCGAGAGAUUCUGAGCUGCGACGACGCUCAGACCUUCAGCUGGUUUGCAGCUCACAGCUCACACUGCAGACAUGAAGUUUGUGAUCCUGUUUGCUCUUCUGAGUGGGGCUUUUGCUGCCCCAUUUGUGAAGGAAGAAGAGGCUAAAAGAUUCAUCAGGCUGAAGAGACAGUCAGGAUACUGGGAUCCAUACCACUCCCAAAACCAGUGGGGUUACACCAUUCAGGAACAGGCAAACGAGUACUGGACAGCCCUACGAACAGAUGCUCAGUACUACAUGGACUUGAGUAACCUGAUGUUUGACCGCUCUGUGGCUACGGAAAACAACCGGAUGUAUAUGGAAAUGCUGCGCAAUGCACGAGCUCACCUGGACAGUCAGACGGGAGGACAGAGAUGAAAAUAAUAAUAAUGACAAUAAAAUGCUUUCUAAGUAGUUAGAAUUGUUAUUGUUGUUUAAUGUCAGUGAGUGACAAGUGAGUAGAAACAAUUCAGAAAAAGAUUUUGGGUGAGAAUAAACUGAGGGCUCAGUUGAAUAUGAAAGAUCCCCAUUUUUGGCAGUCCAAAUUAGUUUCUUAAACACUGCAGUUUCCUGCAGUGUAAAAUGUACAGUUUAAUACAUGUUUUUAUAUAAUGUAUGCAUUAUUUUACAACAGUGUUGCCUGCAAUCACACAAUUUAUUCAAUAAAAGUUACAA